AUGGAGAAACUCCGCACCAGCUCGUCGACCGACCGACCGGAGACGAGGAUUUUCGAGGAAUGCGAGACAGAUGACUGGGUGGAACGGCGCAUUUCGUUGCUGGAGUUCAAUGCAGAGACCCCACGCUACUCGACAGUGAUAUUCACCUCAACCACGACCCUCGACACACCCUCACACCUGCCCCUCUUCCCCGCCCGCUUCCAACCCAUCAUCACCGAAGACCUGAACGGCUCCUUCGACUGCGAGGAUAUCCCCAACGAGGCCGGCCAAUUCAUCCAGCACAGAUCAUGGUCCACCUUCAAAAUCAAACGUGUGAUCGAACCUCACAAAUACCACUGGACGCAAGCCACCUGCUACAUGGACUGGGACCCGCGCACCCGCCAGCAAACCGUCUACUGCAUCGAUCUGCCCCUGCCGCCGCGCACGUUCCUGAAGGCCUUCCUCCCGCCAGCGCGCCAGCGCGCCCACGACCCGUACGCCUGGCACGCGGCGUUCGCGACGGCGCUGAUCCCGGAAUACGACCGGUCGAUCUGGGGGCUACGGGAUCUGGUGCGGGACAUUGAGAAGGCCCGACUGAACCCCACGGCCCUGACGCCGGAUUUCUUCCCGCACCUGCACGACAUCGCGCGGCACAUCUUCCACGCCAACGAGACCCUCGAGGUGGCGCAGCAUACCGUGGAGAGUCUGGUGCGGGAGCAGAUCCGGUCGGCGGGGUUGUAUGCCCCAGGAGCAGCAGCAGCAGGGACGACUCCCAGCUCCAACGCCCCGUCACACCAUCACCACCACCACCACCAUCACAGCUACACCCACCCCCACACCCACAAUACCUGUGUUUCAGCCCCAAGCACGCACCCCUCCACCCUCCAGACCGAACGCGCCCUCCGCGCCCUCGCCAAGCAGCUGCAUGCGCUGCACACGCGCAGCCGCUCGCUCACGGAGCGGUUGCACAAUGAGAUCAAUCUCGGCUUCAACCUCGUCUCCCAGCAGUUCGGGCACGACACCAAAUCCGACUCGGCGGUGAUGAAGACCAUCGCCGUGGUGAGUAUGGUCUAUCUGCCGGGGACGUUUGUGUCGGGCCUCUUCGGAACGAACUUCUUCAACUUCACCGACGGCGACGAACACACCUGGUUCAUGGCGGGCUCGUUCUGGCUGUACUGGGCCGUGACGAUCCCUCUGACCCUCGCCACCAUGGCGGUCUGGGCUUGGUGGCAUUAUUUCCGGCCUGCAAAGCGAAGAACCAGGAAAAGGCCGGUGCCACAGAGGGUGGAGACGGUGUGA